GGUUCGACUACGGUGUGGCAUUACUGCUGAAUCACCCUUCGCUGUAAUUCUAUCGUCUUCGUGUGGUGCUCUCUAUUUCAGUUGCUGCGCAAAUGCAAAGUAUCAUAACCUUUGAGAACAAGCUGUACGACACUUUGUCCGUAAACUGUCGAUAACAAGCAAGCGCGAUAUCGAAGUGAAAGAGCACCUACAUCUUCACCAGUUGACUCAUAGUAACGAUGCAAUCUGCUCUCUACGUCACAGCUCUGGUGCUGCUUUGGCUAGCGUCAACUUUUGCUGACGUACAAACAGAGAAACCCACACCUCCCAAUGGAGAGACAGAGCCACGCUGUCCUUGCAACUGUCCAGUAUACGUACCGGCUGGACCCGCAGGAAUCCCUGGAGUUCCAGGAACCAAUGGAACGCCAGGAACCGAUGGAACAAAAGGAACCGAUGGAAAAUCAGGAGCUGACGGAACACCAGGACACGAUGGGUCUAAAGGGGCCGUUGGACCUCCAGGGCCUGUUGGACCUCCAGGAGCCUCAACACCAGGAGCCGAUGGACAUCAAGGGGCCGAUGGACCUCAAGGGCCAGCUGGAUCUAAAGGAGAUGCUGGACCGGAAGGGCCCGCUGGACCGCAAGGGCCCGCUGGAACUCAAGGUGUCGCUGGGCGUAAGGGGCCUAAAGGGGCUGUCGGACAGCCAGGGCCUGCUGGACCUCCAGGAACCAAUGGAACACCAGGGAUUGCUGGAUCUCAAGGAAUCGAUGGCCCUCCAGGGACCGCUGGACGUCCUGCAAUUGGAAGAGAUGGAAAGGAUGGAAAGGACGGAAAGGAUGGAAAAGAUGGAAUAGCUGGAAGAGAUGGUCCAAAAGGGGAACAAGGCCAACCAGGGCUCGUAUUUGAAGACACUGAAGGCAACAUACUACCCCAAGGAUAUCGAAAUUUGCUACGAUGGAGGCAAUGUGAUUUUACAGAAGGAAGAGGAGGAGAUUCAGGAACAGUUUAUACAUGUCUAUUCCAGAAAAGGUAUGACGACUCGUACCUUCGAAUCGAAUUUUCCGGGACAUUUCGAUCAAUGCCAAAGCAAGAUAUGGAUAAUCGUGAUAAGCCUCUUUGUUCUCGUUGGUAUUUUACGUUUAACGAAAAAGAAUGCAGCAAGCAAAUCGACGGAGUCGUGUUUCAAAGUCGCAAUAGCAACUCUCAUUAUCCUCACCAAAUCAGUGGUUUUUGUGGCAACAUACGAUCCGGCGAAGUUACGGUCGCAUUCAAGGUCCAACCAUGUCCCGACCGCGACGGUUUGGCCAAAUCUGUUGACUACGCUGGCUUGAGUUCUACUUGUCGAUUAAUGAUUAGCGAAGUGCCACCGCCCUUGUCUCAAGUGCUGCUGUGUCUGACGUCGACCUACGCUCAGGUAGCACGAAGAGCACCUCCAACAAGGGAACUACCCACAACUAUGGAAAACGGACCGCCAAUACUGCCACAGUGUCCUUGCAACUGUCCAGGAUCCACAGGACCUCCAGGAUCCACCGGACCUCCAGGAUCCACUGGACCUCCAGGAUCCACUGGACCUCCAGGAUCCACUGGACCUCCGGGAUCCACUGGACCUCCAGGAAUCCCAGCAAUUCCAGGAAUCAAUGGAACACCAGGAACCGAUGGAAAGAAAGGAGAGGAUGGAAAGCAAGGAGUCAAUGGACCACCAGGGCCUUUAGGACCUCAAGGGACCGCUGGACCUCCAGGAACCAAUGGAACACCAGGGGUUGUUGGAUCUCAAGGAAUCGUUGGCCCUCCAGGGCCCCCUGGAAGUCCUGGAAUUGGAAAGGAUGGAAAGGAUGGAAAGGAUGGAAUAGAUGGAAGAGAUGGAACCAGAGGGGAGCCAGGCCAACCAGGACUCGUAUUUGAAGACACUGAGGGUAACACACUACCUGCUGGAUAUCGAAAUUUGCUAAGAUGGAAGCAAUGUGAUUUUCCAAGCGGUUCCGGACGAGACAGAGAAGGAACAAUUUAUACAUGCUCAUUCCAGAAAAGGUAUGACGACUCGUACCUUCGAAUAGAAUUUUCCGGGACAUUCCGAUCAUCGCAGAUGAAAGCCCAACAUAGCGCUAUCUGUUCUCGUUGGUAUUUCACGUUUAACGACAGAGAAUGCAAGAAGAAAAUCGAUGGAGUCGUGUUUGAAAGUCACCAUAGCAACUCUCAUUAUCCUCACCAAAUCAGCGGUUUUUGUGGCGACAUACGAUCGGGCGAAGUUAACGUUGCAUUGAAAGUCCAACAAUGUCCCGACCGCAACGGUUUGGGCCGUUCUAAUGAUUACGCUGGCUUGAGUUCUACUUGUCGAUUAAUGAUCAGCGAAGUGCCACCACCAUCGUGUUAAUCGCAUUGGAUAUGUUGGUGUUGAACGUUGAAUUUAUUGGUGUCUGCUCUGAUGUAAGCGUAGUGCUGCUAAUUUAUCUACUAUAACGCAUCUUGCUUUGCUGCUGCUGUUGAAACUUUACUGGUUACAUGCACUCAGUUUGUUUGACUCGGUGAAUAGAUGUGUGGAUUAUUUAGAAA